CACUCGCACCGCCGAGCGAAAACGAAGGGAGCACACGACUUUGGGUACCAAAGGGAUCUCUUGUUGUUGCUUACCGCAGCAGCUUCUACCGCACCAGCUGAGUGAAGAUCUGCUACUCCUCGAUUGGUUCUCCCCCUUGUCGUUGACAAUGAAAAGAGUCAAGUCGAGCAGUCGGUUCGCGAUGAACUUCCGCAAGGCUGGCUCUCAGGAGGCCUAUGCCCCGGGCUCUUCCUCUUCGGUCCCGCCUGCUGGGUCGGCCACGGUCCCGCCAGGAGCACCGGCUGCCGCUCCUCCCAUGAAAAAGAAGUCGAGGUUUGCGGCGGCGGCGGCAGCAUCAACUGCUACCGGGGGCGGAUAUGCGGCGCAAUCACCAGCAGACCCACAGGGCAGCUAUCUCGAGAACGCGCGCGGACGGUCGGCGAAGAUGAAGGGAUAUUUCGACGACUCCGAUGAGGAAGAAAACUCAGCAUCGAAGAGCACCCUUCCGAGCGCUGGGGCGGCGGAGGAGGUGGAUCCACUUGAUGCAUUCAUGGCCGGCGUUCAGCAGACUGUCAAGGUGGAGUCGGCCAACAUCGGGAAGACCGCCCCCAAGCCCGACUUCCUGGACGAGGCGGAGCAGGGGGACGGCCGCCUCAAGGGGGAAGGGGAGGCGCAGUCGGGAGAGAGCGACGAGGAGGAAGACGGCGAAGGUUCUUCUUGGACCGGUCCCGUCGACGGUGACGGGUUCCCCGUUGGCAGGGUGCCCGACGAGAAGAAGAAGAUCGAGGCACUACCGCCGGUCGACCAUUCACAAAUAGAGUACGAGCCCUUCCGCAAGGUUUUCUACGAGGUGCACCCGGACAUGGCCAAGCUCAACGCCUGGGAGGUCAAGCAACUCCGCAACGAGCUCCAGGUUUCGGUGGAGGCCGGCAAGCAGAGGAACGACACCGGCGUCCCCGCCCCUGUGCAGUCCUUCAAGCACGCCGGCUUCGACGACCUCCUGCUGUCCGAGGUUGUCCGGCAGGGCUUUGAGGCUCCCACGCCAAUCCAGGCACAGGCCCUCCCCGUAGUCAUGUCGGGGAGAGACAUGAUCGGCGUGGCGCAGACCGGGUCGGGCAAGACCCUGGCGUUCGUGUGGCCGUCCCUCGUGCAUCUCAUGGACCAGAGGGAGAUCGUCAAGGGAAAGGAAGGCCCCAUCGUGGUCAUCCUGGCGCCAACGAGGGAGCUCGCCGGCCAGAUAUACACGGAGGCCAACAAGUUCGCCAAGAGGUACGGGUGCAAGGUGUGCGCCGUCUACGGCGGUGCGGGUAAGUGGGAGAUGCAGAAGGCCCUCAAGGAAGGGCCCGAGAUCGUCGUGGCCACCCCUGGCCGCAUGAUCGAGAUGAUCAAGCUCAAGGCCACCAACAUGCGGAGGUGCACCAUGAUGGUUUUGGACGAGGCCGACCGGAUGUUUGACAUGGGCUUCGAGUACCAGAUGCGGUCCAUCGUGGCGCAGACAAGACCCGACAGGCAGACGCUCAUGUUUAGCGCCACCUUCAAGAGACGGGUUCAGGUGGGGACGCUGUACGACACAGUUCUUUCGACCCUUUCCUUCUUCGAUCUUUGA